AACCAUAUAUUAAACUUCACAUGAGAGUUCACACCGGAGAGAAGCCGUUCACAUGUGAUCAAUGCGGAAAGAGUUUCUCACAGAAACAAACUCUUGAGCUUCACAUGAGAGUUCACACUGGAGAGACGCCGUUCACAUGUGAUCAGUGCGGAAAGAGUUUCUCACAGAAACAAACUCUUGAGCUUCACAUGAGAGUUCACUCUGGCGAAAAGCCGUUCUCGUGUGAUCAGUGUGAAAAGAGAUUCUCACAAAAACCACAUCUGAUCGAACACAAGAAGAUCCACACUGGAGAGAAGCCGUUCUCGUGUGAUCAGUGUGGAAAGAGAUUCUCACACAAACAAACUGUCAAAGGUCACAUGAGAGUGCACACCGGAGAAAAGCCUUUCCCAUGUGAUCAGUGUGACAAGAGCUUCUCACACAAACAAAAUCUCAAAAUUCACAUGAGCGUUCACACCAGAGAUAAGCCUUUCGCAUGUGAUCAGUGUGACAAGAGCUUCUCAAACAAACAAAAUCUCAAAAGUCACAUGAGAGUUCACACCGGAGAAAAGCCAUUCACAUGUGGUCAAUGUGGGAAGAGUUUCACACACAAAAGCAGUCUUAAGUGUCACAUCAGGGUCCACACCGGAGAGAAGCCGUUCUCAUGUGAUCAGUGUGGGAAAACAUUUCCUAGGGCAUCACAACUGAAGGUACACCUGACAGUUCAUAUGAAGGAGAAGCCGUAUUCAUGUUCUGUGUGUGGAAAGAGUUUUUAUCAGCACCACAUGUUGCUCAACCAUGAAAAAAUACACACUGGUGUGAGAGAGUACAUGUGCUUUGAGUGUGAGAAGACUUUUAUGACAGCGCGCUGUUUAAAAAAGCAUCAGCGGAUUCACACUGGAGAAAAACCUUACAAGUGUUCACACUGCGACAAGAGAUUCACUGUGUCAGAAAAUCUGAAAACACAUGAGAGGAUCCACACUGGAGAAAAACCUUACAAGUGUUCACACUGCGGCAAGAGAUUCAGUCAUUUAACAAGUGUGAAAACACACGAGAGGAUCCACACUGGAGAAAAACCUUACAAGUGUUCACACUGUGGCAAGAAAUUCGGUCAUCCAACAUGUCUGAAAAGACAUGUGAGGAUUCACACAUGAGAAACCGCACACAUGUAAGACUUGAUUUUCCUGCUGAGCUGAGAUGAAACUCACCCUGCAAUAAAGUAAAUAAAAUAAACCCUGGACAGAAGAACUCAAAGGAGAAGAAGAUGACCGUGACCUGUCCAAACUUUUCUCCAACGUUGGGCAGUAUGAUUAGACCGAAACAACUCUAAACAAAAUUUGUACAAGUCUGAGUAUGUAAGGGUAAGUGGAAGAGCAGUCUUCAGGAAAUCCCCAAUGCAGUGUGUGUCAGUGUUUUCUCACACACCACUGUGUAUCUCUGUCAGGAAUGCAUUUCUUACUCUUGGAGUCAUCUUUGUCAUGUAUUUAGUAUUUCUGAAUUGGCUUUUAAUCAUUUACUUGUGUAAUUGGGAUGAUACAAUUUUACCUGACAAAUAAAAUGAUAUAUU